AUGCUCCCCCGCUCCUUUGCUCCCGGCUGUUUGCCGUCGCGGCCGCUAGGUGUCAGCAGCUCCGCCGGGCUGUCUGCUGCCGUCAGCUGUUCCGUCCGUCGGCACCGGCGGCUCCAGUGGACCCUUUGGUGUGGUGUGGGGUGGGAGCCGGGCUACCGCUCCGAGAUACUGUCUCCCCGUGCUAAGAACGAGGGAUCGACUGGACCCACCACUGUCCGCUCAACAUCAAAGGUCUCCACCAUGGGCAAGUGUGAGCUGCCAUUCACGGAGGAAACGGGCGCGCCGGCCCGGCCGCUGAGCCCGUGCGUUCUCGAGAAGGCCCGCCUGGACCUCAACGAGGACGAACAGGGCCGCGAGCGGGCGCUGGAAGAGCUGCGCACGUGGAUUGGCCGCAAUCGCAACAUACUCACUUGCCGAGAAG